GGCUCGGAGGAGGAUUAUUCUAGCUGCCUGCCUCCGUCCUCUGUCCUGACCACACAUUAAUACCGUGUUAAUAUACAACCGAGGAGGCUGGAACCUCACUGCCACUUCCCCUUUUGUUUGAAGAGGCAAGGCAGCUCAGACGGACAAACGCACACUGCUGCAUUUGCUGCUACUCAAUCUUGGCGUGUUUACUCAUACCACGGCUGGCGUUGUCUCGUGCUGAAGAGAUCUCUGAAGGGGGCACCCCAAGACUCUGCAGACUUGUGCAGAAAUAAAGGAAUAGGCACACAAGAGCUGCAGGAAAGGAGGCAACAAGUGAGGCUGACUGAUCAUGACCACGAAGAAGCGGCUGUGGUCCUUAGCCCGCAUGGUUCUACCUGGGGUGGGGUUUGCGUUGACGUGCAUCGGGGCCUAUCUGGUGUCCCGGCAGAAGGACUUUAAGCACCCCUUGACGCUCAUUCCCGUCUACAUCGUGAUUGUCUUUGGAUUCAUUUUCAUGAUGCUGGGGGUCUUCUGGACGAUCUGCCACAGCAUGAAGAGCAAGGUUUACCAGAGGAGUAGACAACCUGAGAGGCACAUGCAAAUCUUCACAGUUGAAAGGCCGCGCAAUUCUCCUCCAUCGUACCAAGAGUCUCAGGCCAGCCAAGUCUGUCCCGGGACCCCCCCUGAGUUUGUGGUGGCAGUCGACGGGGUGGACGUGGUGGUGGGCCUGGCUCCUCCGCUCUACAGCCAGGACAGCUCAGAGGCCCCGGACUGCACGUGGAGCUGGGAGCAGCCUCCGCGGUACAGUCAGGUCGAGCGCAUUCAGCCGGGACAGCUGCAUGCGGGAGACCGGAGGGAGGUCGUGUCCUCGCUCUGAGGGAACCACAGGUGUUGUGUUUUGGUCGAGAAAGGGAGGGAACGCCGACUGUUGAGACGCACAACUUCUGGACAUUGGCUUUCUGUGUUGUGUGGACCACAGAGACCUUAGCCUUGUCCCAUGAACGCACAUCAAUGGUCUGACUGGAUCCUGUGUUGACAGUCUGCUUUACGCCUGAGGUCACAACCUGAGGUCACAGAGGUUACAGGCCCUUUGUGAGGGCUGGAGGAAAACAAAGUUUUGGGUCAUUGUUUUCCUCCACUACCGAGCUGCAAAACUCAUAACAAGACAUAACAGAGGACAACAAGUUAUUGGGUCUGUGGAUUAUUGAACUGACAGAGAUAACCUUUUAUGUGUCUUCCAUUCUGAGCGCUAGCAAAAACAACCGAUGUGUUUACAUGUACCACGCAACUGAAUGUAUUCAAGUCUUUUGGGAACACUGUGUUACGUAUUGUCAAUGUAAUAUUAAACGUGUACCGUCAUUACAUUGUUUAUGUUGUAAAGCCAGCAUUUUAUCGCCUUGUUUGUACUAUGAAUUACCGGUAUGUAUGUGCACACUCACCUGACAGUUUAUAAUAAUUCAUCAAGGUUUUUUUUUAAAGAGACGUUAUCACUAUGCGGUCUGAUAAAAAGUCUGUGUACAAUGAAAACCAUGAAUGGUUAACUAUCUUAAACAAUUCAACAACUGGCCGCAUCCAUGGCCACCGUUUCCACUUGAAAACAAGCUCCCUUAACUGCAGUAAUAAAGCAGAACAAUAAGUUGUAAAUAAUUAAAGUAAAUAUGAGAUAUGACAGCAAUAAAUCUCCUGACCGACUACAACCAUCGAUGCUAGACUUUACAUAUAGAGCAUCGUUCAACCUUGGCAGUUAGGAUUUUUAAAUUCCUUUACUUAUUUAACCUGUACUGAGUUGGGUAAUUGUCAUUACGAUCACAACCAAGGCAGAGUCGCUGGCGUCUGCCUCCAUACUCAGAUUUCUAGUGUGCAUACAUCAAGUGGAGCUGAUCCUGAUUAAUAAAAAAACUAUUUUCAAGAUGGUAAACAAGGGACAAUCACACAAAGAACAAAACCACAGUAAAAACAGACGAUCACUGCAAACUUAAAACUGUUUAAAUACUUGUACUAGAUGGAUUUAUACAUAAAGGUUUCUGAUUUACAUUUGCAUUAGUCCAAUAGUGUGCCUUGUCACCUAGAAAAUGCACCAAUGACUUGGUUACGAAUAUAAAUUGUUUUCUCGUCCCAUUACUAUUUAUUGUAAUAAAUGCUGUGAUCCAGUAAAACAACAUGUGACUGAAGGAGGAAAAAGGUAUUUUAGAUUAAUUUAGGUUGAAUUUACACAUGCUGUCAAACCUUUAAUAAAGAAAAAAAACAAACAGUUCUAAAACACAACUGGCAGCACACUCUCCUCUAUAAAAAUGUCCGUGGGGCAAUACCUGCAACUUCACAGCUUAUCCGUUUUUUGCACAUCAUAAAUUAAACUGUGUUCGUUGGCGCUGUUUUAAUUACAAAGACCCUUUGGUGGAACAUAUGAAUUUAAUCAUGUUAGACACUAUUUCAGCUAAAACAUGAAUCAUCUUUUGAGCAACAAAGUCAGAGCUGGUGAACUACCGCGGAUCCUCUCCCAAGCUCAGAAAGAACCCCUGACAUUAUAAAACAGUCAGAUGGGGCAAUAACCUGUAAUGGCUGACAGGAAAUGUCUGAGUGACUGAGUGAACACAUCCUUGCGGAUAUCCACUGGCAUAUUCUCAACUCGUAAUGACGGCUAUCAGCGUGUUUACGAGUUCCUGCUCUCUGUGUCUUAUUCGGGCCGUAUAAAGAUCAGCCUUCUUCAUUCCUUAUCUCCCCGCAACACCGCUCGACACAUUUCGUGCUCGGUUUCAAAAGCACGUGCUGCGCUCUGCAACAGACAAAAGCCUCCCUUCUUUUCCUCAGGGAUGUUCAAUCACCGCAUGAUGUAUGGUAUCAGCGCAACACCGUGCGCUUAAUUAUGAAGAAUUUGUUUAAUUAAAAUCCAAAAAUGCUCUGGGGCAACAUAUCUCGCUCUGAUGUGUUUUUUUUUUAUUUGUUGGACCUGUCCCGUUCAUCUAAAUAAGGCAAAGCAUUACACACAAAAAUGUUUAUUUGGGUUUUUUAAAAAAAAGAAAGAAAGAAAGAAAAGAAAAAAGAGCGGAAUUAAUAUAUUCAAACUCCAAUGAAUAAAAUGAAGGGGGGAAAAAGUAAAAUCUUUUUGGAAUAUAGUAUUUUGUUCUUUAUUCCUUGUCUUGUCAAGGCAGUCAUUUUUAAACUUUUCACUUCACUACAUUGUAUUGCUUGUGGUGCAAUGUCUCCUUCCAUUUAUUUAUUUUUCUGCUGGAAAGUUAUUGCGACGUAUGAGAGGACAGAUACAUAUGGAACAUGAACGCUGAGCUGUGACAUAAGAGCAGGUGAAUUUAAAAAAAAACACAAAAAAAACGUCUUGAUAAAAGCGCAAACAUUAACAGCCAGUCUGCACAUUCACAGUGUCUACUGUUCACACACUUUUCACUAUUUAUUCAUAGCAAUAAUUAAACGGCUUCCCCGGUUUACAAGCUUCAAACAGAGGGAGAGACGUUAAUUUAGUUUUUGGGAGAUAGACUCCAGGAGGAAACAUUCGGUUUAAAGAAAGUGGAACAUGAGGCUGAAGCUGCAGAGAUCUGAUUUUUUUUACAAAAAAAAAGAAAGAAAGAAAGAAAGAAAGAAAGAAA